CCUGUUUAAAACAGCCUCAGCUCUCUCAGUCAGAGCAGUGCAAGGCACAGAGACAGACACUCACACUCUCUCUGCCUUCCUCCACGCACACACUGACACAUGCUCAUGCACGCAGAAGGCAACUUCCCUCUAUCGGACUGACACUACACACUCGCCAGGAUAGCACACUCCCAUUCCCCACUGAAGAAGAGGAUAAGGAGUGACAGAUCAGGAAAAAAGAAAAUACAGAAAAAGCUAAAGAUUCCCAGGUGAAGAGGAAGACACAGCCAACGUUUACCCUGGUCUAUGAUGGCAAACCUUGUGACAUCGUUGUGCUGUGUAGUUCUGGCCGCAGUGGUGGUAGCCUACGCUCAGAGACGCAGUCAGCUUGUUGCAAGGAACCAGUACGAGCGGAGGGGCAGCGAUGUCACCAUGCAGUGCGGCUCCCUGGAAAGUGACGCGUCGGUGUCAUGGAAGGUGAACGGGACAGACAUCGAGGCCCAGCACCAGCUGAAUGGACCCAAACUGAUUCUGACCCAAGUUGACCUUGACCACAAUGGACUCUACAGCUGCUUUCAGAACCCGCAUGGAGAAAGACGUGACACCAUCUUCCUCCACAUUGGAAUUCCCCCUCAGGAGCCCAAAGUCACCUGUCGGUCCAACACCUACCCUAAAGGUUUCUACUGCAGCUGGCACCUGACGCAUCCUACGUACAUACCAUCCAGCUUUGAAGUGGAUGUUCAACACAACCAGCACUCACUCUAUGUGCAGAAAGAUCCGGUCCACAAGAAUCGCUGUCAUGUUCAGUUCCCAGAGGUCUUCUCCAGCAGUCCAUACAAGGUUAAUGUGACAGCGGUAAACGCCUUAGGGAAAGCCUCCGCUACCCUAUCCUUUGAGGAGUCCGCUAUAGUAAAACCGGACCCCCCGGAGCGCGUGACGGCAUCCCCGAUCCGUUUAAACCCUCGAAGGCUGGAGGUGUCCUGGCACAGCCCCGCCACAUGGCCCGAUAUAGAUACAUUUCCUCUGAAGUACUUCCUUCGAUACCGGCCACUCAUACAUGACAAGUGGCAGCAUGUGGAGCUGCUUGACAGCACUUCGCAUACCAUUACCGAUGCCUAUGCUGGGAAGGAAUACAUCAUACAGAUAGCUGCUAAGGACACAGAGAUUGGGACAUGGAGUGACUGGAGCGUUGCUGUACAUGCCACACCCUGGAUUGAGGAUCCUCUGCCAAUCACUACCACAACCGAAGUGGACUUUCCUAAUGAGACGAAGACUUCUCCCAUACCGUCCUCCAAAGCGCCGCAGAAGGCCGAGCCUCCGGUGGGCAGAGCUGCCAGGGUCGUCACAUUUUUCUCUCCUUUGCUGUUAGGGAUGAUGCUGUUGUUCAUGUGAUGUUUUAAUCCCAUGGAGUGACAACAGGUGGGAGGAAGAACAAGAUAAAGAGGCGGAAGCUGGUGUUUUUUCUAUUUUGCACAUGUUUUUGAGGAUACAGUGCAUUGAUCAUAUCUGUCCAUCACACAGUUACUCACCAAAAUUUCUUAAGAGGGGAAAUCAGACAGUCAUUGUUGGCUGACGGGGGACAAAGACAUUCUUCAGAGGAACUUUUGCAAACGACAACGUCGACAACAAGAGCAGCAGCAGAGGCAGCAGAACAACCACGACAGCAGCAGCAUCAAAGUGAUUAAUGUUACGCCCCUGUGGCUUCGAUGAGCCGCGGCAGACUGAUUUGUUGGCUUGUUUGGUUCAGAAAGCUCCUUCUCCGAGCAGGACAACCAACUCAUUGUUAUUUUUUUAUUCAUUAAUUGACCUUCUCCCUUACUCUUUAAACUGCAGAGCGCUUCACAGACAAACGCACACUUACCGCAGUCGUGCCUUUGUGUGUGUGGCUACUGUAGCGCCCCCACAUACAGCUCAACCAUCAUGCCAAAGACUCAUAAGCAACCCCGACCAAGUGGCUCCAAAUUCUUUCACUGAGCUUCCCGAAGCUUGUGCCUGUGCUCAGAAAGUGUGUACAUAUGCAAGUGGGGUGGUGAUGCUGAAAAGUGCUAUAUGUAUCAAACCUGAGGAUAUCUGCAGCUCUUGUUUGUGUACACACACACACACACACACACACACACACACACACACACACACACACACACGUCGUUUUAACAAAGACGCCACUGUAAGCCUCCGACGACUGAAUCGAACCGAUGGAGGGAGCCUUUGUUCGAUCUGGGGACUAACACUUUGAAGAAUUCAGUAAUGGUAGCUCGACUUAUUUAGACCGUUAGCUUUACAUUGUGCUUACAGCGACUGAUAAGAAGGACCUGGAUUGUAAAAAAAAAAUUAAAUAAAAUAAUAAUAAAAACUAAAAAAA